AUGAGCAACUUUGGAACUACUGCUGUGCACACUGGGUCGGAGCCUGACCCUAGGACUGGCGCCGUGAUCCCGCCAAUUUCGCUGUCCACGACGUUUGCUCAGGCGGCCGCGGCCCAGCCGGUUGGCGACUUUGAGUAUUCGCGCUCUGACAACCCGAACCGUGGGCAGUUCGAGCAGGUAAUUGCUGCCCUUGAGAAGGGAAAGUACGGUCUUGCCUACUCCUCCGGAUCAGCGGCUACUGCCAACAUUCUUCAGUCCCUGGCCGUUGGUGCCAAUGUCGUCUCGAUCUCUGACGUCUAUGGUGGCACCUACCGCUACUUUGCCCGGGUUGCCACUGCUCACAACAUCAAGACGAGCUGGGUCGCCGACAUCAAGAACAAUCUGGCUGCUGCCAUUACCCCCGAGACGCGCUUAGUCUGGAUCGAGAGCCCCUCCAACCCCACUUUAACUAUCACAGACAUUGCCGCUGUCGCCAAGACUGUGCGUGAGCGCCGCGAGGCUGGCCAGGAGAUUUACCUUGUUGUUGACAACACGUUCCUGUCGCCUUACGUUCAGAAUCCCUUGGAACUCGGUGCUGAUAUCGUCAUGCACUCUGUCACCAAGUACAUCAACGGCCACUCGGACGUCGUUAUGGGUGUUGUUGUCGUGAAAGACGAUGGGCUGCACGAGAAGCUCCGCUUCAUGCAGAACGCUAUCGGUGCUGUUCCCUCGCCUUUUGACAGCUGGCUCGCUCACCGCGGUGUCAAGACUCUGCACUUGCGUGCUGCGGCCGCGUCGACCAACGCUCAGGCCAUCGCCGAGUACCUCGAGUCCCAGCUCGGUGGUCUGGUCGAGAGCGUCUCCUACCCGGGCCUGAAAUCGCACCCUCAGGCUGAGCUCAUUGCUCGCCAGCACCGUAACGGCCUGGGUGGUGGCAUGAUCUCUUUCCGCAUCAAGGGCGGCGCCAAGGAGGCUUCCGACUUCUGUGCCGCCGCCAAGAUCUUCACUCUUGCCGAGUCUCUGGGUGGCAUUGAGUCGCUCUGCGAAGUGCCUGCCGCCAUGACCCAUGCGGGCAUCCCUAAGGAGCAGCGUGAGGAGUCCGGUGUCUAUGACAAUCUUGUUCGUUUGUCUGUUGGCAUCGAGGACAAGGACGACCUUGUUGCUGAUAUUGCUCAAGCCCUUAAGGCUGCCACUGCUUAA